AUGGUAUCGAGCUUCGUAUGGAAGGGAGUACACAGGACGGUGGUGACCCUUGGCAUGGCCUUCAUGCUUAUCGGUGUGGUUCUGUUGACCGUAUCGGAGAGAAUCUUCAUCCUAGGGAUAUGCUUCCUGGCCGCCGGCAGCCUGGCUGUCAUUUGCUAUCUGUUAGUGACUUUAUCGACCUGUGUCAAAAAAUCAAGAAGGCAGGAGGAUGAAGAGAGUCCUACACAGAGAGAAGCCACGGCACAGCAGCGGACGGAAACGGACACGUCUCAGUUCGAAGCUCCACGUUACGAGGACGUUAUACUCUCUGCAACAGUGUGGACAGUGACUCUCGGUCCCCCACCAGAUAUCGAGCCCCCUCCUUACAAUAGUGCCUUGGCACGUGGAAGAAGAGGAGCCAUCGGUGAUCUGAGACUCACCAACCCCACCUUACUACGUAUCAGCUCUGACAUUCAUGAGAUCAUGAGAUCUGACUUAAAGCCAGAAGAAAGAUUCCCAGAACCUUUAACGCCUCCUCCGACCUACAACGAGUCCAUGUUUCAAUGGGAGGAAGUGUUUUUGCCGUCCCAAGAAGAAGGUUGAUGGCAAACUCUACAGGAAUCCAGAUAUUUCAUGAAGAUGUAUUUAACCAAUUGUUCUCCAUAAAAUAUCUAAUCCCUCAAAACAUUUCAUUAAUGUUGACGUCGAAGAAGGAAAUCAAACCUCUCUGUAUAAGGACAUAGCGGAAACAAGAUUGAAAUAUUCCUGAUCUCUUGAUUCUAUGGCGUGCCCGGAGCCAUUCAUGGACCAGUUUGGACUGGGUUAUUGGACAAUGAAGAAUAAUGUAUUGUUUAUGCAGAAUCAGUGGGAGGAGAACACAGAUUAUUUUAGGUCUUGAAGGCCUCUCGGGGGAUAAAGUAGACUGGAUGUUGUGAAAAGUAUUUUUUUAUAUUUAUUGAUGCCAUGAUGUGUUAUUUAUAAGACCAUUUCAGGACAAUGCUGUAGAAUAUGGUAAUUUCUGUGUCAUAAAUCGGAGAUAUUCAUGUUAUAAAGUGUUUCCACUGAUCACUAUCGAAGAAAGGUGACGGACUCUAUAAGUCCUACACCCAUUACUACAAGGGUGGAUCAGGGCAGUGUUAUGUACCAGGAUCUGUGGGUUUUAAUCUCCACGGGUGACGUUGACACAACUUUUCUCUAUUGUUUUCAUGUUUUGAUUUUCUGGACCUACUAAAGACUAAUGUGAACAAUUGGCGCCACAUGGGGGCGGGCUGAGAUUGAGACGAUAAUGGGCACCAAAACUAUAUUGAUCCUUUUCUAGUCCCAAAGGGUAUUCCCACGACUGUAAUAUUGAUGUAUUACCCUUAGGAUAGACUGUCCUCCUGACACUCCAAAGUAUAAUGCUUACCGUAACACUAUAACCCCUUCUCUCUGCCGAUACUGGAGAUACAUAGAGAUAGACAUCCCCCCACCCACACACACACAUGAUGAUCAAUUAAUACAGUCAUAGAAAGCCUUAUUUAGGUGGUCAAUACCAGGCCUGGUGCAAGGAUUUUUGCCACCCUAGGCGAAAGCUAAUUUUGCCACCCCUUGAUCCUGCCCAUUGGCACCUCCCGAUGUAUGGAGGCUCAGGAUGUUGGACGGACUUGACCUUAG